GAGGUGUAUGUGGGGAAGGAGACAAUGUGCACUGUGGAUGGUCUUCACUUCAACAGCACCUACAACACGCUCGGGGUCAAGGCCUUCAACAAAACAGGAGUCAGCCCGUACAGCAAGACCCUGGUCCUCCAAACGUCUGAGGACACAGAUUCAGAAGAACAGACCCUCCCUUUUCCAGUGCCUUCGGAAAGAUUGCCGCUCCGUAGAAUGAGUCCUUUCUCCUCCACCCUUAAUCUACAACCCAGCUUCCCCGGGAGAUCCUACUUUGAUUUCCGAUCCUCACCCCACCAGCUGAGCUUGCAUUCCUCUUUACAGUCUCUCAAUGCACCGGGAUGCAAUUUUGAGACACAAUCUGCACCUUACUCUCAAUUAGUUGACAUUAAAAAGCUGUUGGCAGUGGCCUGGUUUGCUUUCGACCCUGGCUCGGCGCACUCCGACAUCAUCCUCUCCAAUGACAACCUGACAGUGACCUGCAGUAGCUAUGAUGACCGGGUGGUGCUAGGGAAGACUGGCUUCUCCAAGGGUGUCCACUACUGGGAGCUCACGGUAGAUCGCUAUGACAACCACCCUGAUCCUGCCUUUGGCGUGGCUCGCAUGGACGUGAUGAAGGAUGUGAUGUUAGGAAAAGACGACAAAGCUUGGGCAAUGUAUGUGGACAAUAACCGGAGCUGGUUCAUGCACAACAACUCGCACACCAACAGGUACCCUGCAGCCCCCAAACCAAGCCUUCUUCACGUUGGCUUCUGAUCAGGAGUGAGAGCCCCAGUUCAAAAACCUAUUACAUAGACCAUAUUCAGGAAAUCAAGCAGGUGGUCUACAUUAAGUAGCACAGGCAAUCUAUGAGCCUCAGCUGAGUCCAUGCUGGUGGUUUACUUUCUAUAUAAUGAUAGAGACUUGAAUACUUUCCUACUCCCUUCAUUGCUGU